CCGAACAAGGGCGGGCGUCAACAGAAGCCGUUGCAGCCAUCAUAUAACAGCUGCCAUGGCCUGCCCAACGAUCCCCGUUUGCUCCCUGCGAGUCGACGUCGGAGUGCUUCUUCUUAGCUGCUGGUCUGCUGUUCCUCUCCUCUUGUAUCUAUCCACAGCCGGCUGUUACUUGCUUUAUUUGUUCUGCCCACUUCGUUCCUUCGGGAUAUGUUGACCAUAGCUGACCAUGCUUGGAUUAAACUGAAAUCAGUCUAUCUUCGCGUGACCCUUACGCGCUAUACCCUCGCUUUUUUUCUUCUCGGCGUGACCCAUUGUCUCGCCCAAGGCAUGAUGCAAGCCUUUUUGUUUGCGGCCGACGACCAGGCGGACUCCCUAGUAUCGAGCAUUAUAGAACAAGCCAACGCAACCUCGUUCCAGAAGGAAUUUGCAUGGCUCACCCGUCCAAACGGCGGCUAUCAACUGUCACUAUGCACCCAUGUCCCUACAGGGGACAACAGCGGUUCUUGCGAAGUGGUAUUUCCUACCAUCAUGAUGGCAAGCGAUAUGAAUCUCGCCAAACCUGUGACCCCCCUUGCUACCCUCGUGGAUCCUUCACAAGUCAUAUCGAUUAUGGGGUCCAAUUCUUCUGGUGUCACCCUGAUGAUGAAAGCCACUGGGAAGGAAGUUACUUUGAGUCAAACGUGCGUCAAGACUCUCGUUUAUCCAGACCAAGUACUGAGGAACUCCAAACGUGAAGAUCUUGCGUUGCUAGUUGCCCAAUUCUGGCUGUUCUCAAUCUCCUUCUUUGGCCUCCUUCAUGACUCUAUACCGCAUAUUCUCGCUGUACUAUGCACCAGGGUCCUCACCACAGGCUGGUCGGCUUAUUCUAUCUGGCGUACGACGGAUAUCAAACAACGCUUCCAACACCUCAUCGUCGACGAAGACACGCCUUGUUACUUGCAGAUUUUUCCUGAGUACUUCCAUACCCGUCUCUCUUUCCAGAUUUCGGAUCUGGUGUUGAACGUCACGGCACUUCUCUGCGCCUCGUACUUGGGAUGGCAUCUUGUCAAGAGUUACUCUAGCCACUCCUUCAAGCGUGCCGGCCCUCCUCCCGCGAUCGUCAGAAUUUACCGGUUUGUUCUGGCGAUCUACGUCUGCGUGCAGUUGCUCGUCUUCUUCCUCACUACGGCCACGGGAUUGUGGAUCGACCAGCUCUUUAAUGGGGACAUAGCUAGGAUAUCGUCGCAUACGAAUGUUUACAAGGCACUAUUCCUGUUCACGGUCAUCGUCAUGAUCCCGUGGAUGGCAACGGGGUGGUACUCUGUCCGGCUGGAGAAGAAAGUGUUCAUGGCGGGCUUCAUCAUUCUUGCGUUCGUCCUGAUCGCCUGUUGGGGUACAAUGUUCUAUUCCCUCGUGUAUCGCUGGACCUUCAUCCAGUGGCCUUUCUUCGCUUGCAUGACGGUCUCUUCCUUCAUCGGCCUCACCGCAUGCGUCGUCCUGGGCAUAGUCUGCUGGCUCAAUUUCAACAAGGGCCUCGCGCAUUGGCUAUACGUCGAGGGCGUCCUCGCAAAUUCGGAUUUCGAGCCCGAAGUGUUCCCACACGACGCGGAGAAGCAAUCAUUCCCCGGAUAUUAGAACCUGGCUGUCCCCUUCCGAAAUAUGCCUUCUUCCCAAUUGACAAUGGUGCUUGGCUGCUGAAUCUAG